CGCCCGAACGACCGAAGUUUUCGAAGAUGCCCAUAUCAUGGGCCACGAUCGCGGCAGCCCCGCCUCCACCACUCACGCCCACCCAGCGCAUGCAGGAACUGCAAGCAUUCUACGCGAAACAAUCACUUCGUUUCGUUCUAUCGAAUGCGCUGGGCUUCCAUGAUGCCCCCGGAGCCACCGAGCGCAUCAGUCCCUUGAUGGAACACACGGUCGUGGUCGGCAUCGAUACAGAGGCCUGGACGAAAAACACGGAUGAAAUGACAGAGAUCGGGCUCGCAGUGUUUGAACGCAAAGACAUGCUAGGGAAUGAGGGCGGGUACGAGCAUCUCGGAGACUUUGGAGAAGAGCUGUUGAAGAAGAUCACCUUCCACCACCUCCGCAUCGUUGAAACCGCGCACCUCAAGACUAGCGCCGAGUGGAUGAAAGGCGCGGAGGGGAACCGGUUCGGACACUCGCGCUUCGUUACAUUCGCUGAAGCCCGCGUUAUCCUUGACUCACUAUUCUCGCAACCUAUCGACUCCUCGGACCCAGAACUCAAGGGAUGUAAAAAACCUGUUGUGUUGCUAGGUCAUGCCAUGUACCACGACGAAGAGAACAUCAAGAAGAGCGGCGGGCUAGAGUACGAUCUGUUCAAGUACGGUACGAUAGUCAAGGAAGUUGAUACACAACCCCUCGCCAAGGCCACGCACACCUGGUUCGAUCAGUGCGCACCGAACAAUGACGUUGGUUUGGACACUCUGACUAAAAGGCUUGGUUUUGAGCACGAGGACGCACACACGGCAUGCAACGACGCUGCUAGGACUGUAAUCUCCGCCAUUCAAAUGGUGCUGCCGAAACAGUGUCGGGAGGGCAGAGAGAAAGACAUGCAAGCCGUGGCUUGGGAAAUCGAAGAGCAUAGUCGUGAUACCCCUUCUUCAACUUGGGGCUCGAAAUUAUGCUGUACACGUUGUGGCGGGCGAGACCACCAGGACAAGGAGGGUGAGCGGUGCACGGUUCCGGUGCAUUGUAAGGCAUGUGCCCAGUUCGACGUGGGAAAAGAAGAGGAACACUGGACGACGCAUAUGGAGAUGUACUGUCCGCAUAUUGCGAAUUAUAAGGCGUGGACCAGGCGGAGGGAUGAUGCGCUCCGGAAACACAAUCCUUUCCCACCCGGUCCCCCAGAGGGCUCUCAUCCGUCAUCCAAUUUCGUGGUUCCUUUGUAUGCCAGGGUGGCGAAGGCUGGCGUUCCUCUGUCUUCGACUACGGUUUCAUCAUACUCUUCCGCGAGUGCGAAGUCCAACGAUAGCUCUUCCUCCCGUGGAACUGGCGGUAGUGGGAGCAGCGACAUCGUCUACUCUUCCGGUAACGUUGGCUACGCUCCCGUGGCUCGCAUCGUCAGCUUUCAGUCUUCUGGUCGUGGACGAGGCGGUGGUCGUGGUUUACGUGGCGCAGGUGGUACGCGUGGCGGCAGCGUACUGAGCAGGGAUCGGCGGCGUGAAGACGAGUGGCGGCCUUUUUCCAAAUGGUAG